AACGAAACGGUAAACGCGGUGUUGAUUUUCUUUUUUUCUUAAAAACAAAUUUUUGUUUAAAUUGUUGAAAUUAAUUAAAUAAACGACAAAUAACUUAUGGUGUCAAUCAAUAUGUAUUUUUAAAUUGUUUGUUUUUUCUAAUUUUUUGAAAUAUUUACCGGCUAAACAGCGAUUCACUACGUGAUUCAUUUAUCUCAGAUGCCGCAUAAUUGUUUUAUUUACAAAUAAUUUUAUUUUUAAUUACAAUUAAUAUUAUAGCUAAUGAUUUCGACAGAGUGUUCUAAAUUUCUAAUUAAGAAAAUUGAAAAAAAAAAACACAAACAGAAAAAACCGAGAGUUUUUUAUUAUUUUAACGAUUUAUCAACGAUUUGAUUAGUAGCAAAUCGAUCGAUUAACACGAAACAACUUCGAACAUUUUCUUUCCUUUUUGUUUUUUUUUUUUGGUGAAUUUUUAUGAUAAAUUUCAAAUAAAAUUAAACGCAAAGUGGUCGUUGUCGUCGUCGUUGUCAGCAGUCUGCCUACUUCCAACAGCCAAAGAGACCAGACAAGCCAAUUCAUUCAGUGUUUGAGUAGCUGCUUGAAAAACAAAACACAUACAAAAUUUUCACCUAGACCUUGAAAAUCGUCCAGAAUUUUUCGAGUUUAAAAAAUCUAUAUUUAAAGAAAAAAUAUGUAAUUUAUAAAAGAAAUAUUUUUGACAGUGUAUCAAAUGAGCCGUUAAAUGUUAAUAAUUUAUGUUAAAGUGCAUAAUUUUUUGGUGAAUUACACAAUCGUGGUGAAUUUUAUAUAAUAUUGAAAUUAAAAUAAAACAAAAAAAAUUAAAAGAAAUAUAGAAAAUUCAUAAAAUAGUGUGUUUCCAACACUCAAGUGUAAACAUUUUAAAAUUUAUAAUUUUGAAAAGAAAAAAAAUUAUUGAAAAAAAAAUUCCCAAAACAAAAAAGUGCAAUCAAAGUACUUGAUUACGCAAGUGAAAAAAUAUACAAAUGCUUAAUUUUUCUCAUUACGCGUUAAAAAUUUUCAAUCAAAUCCCACAAUAACAACAACAACUGCAGCCACAAUAAUUUUCAAAUUAAGACGAAGAAACACAUUUAAUUUAUAAAAAAACGAGAACAAUUUCACACAAAAUUGCAUAAAAAACAGCGAAAAAAAGUAUUUCAAACAAAAUGGGUGAAUUAUUUGCAGAAUUUGGUGAUUUAGUGUUUACACUGGUCAUUGGCUAUAUCAGUGCCAUUGAAUUUUUAUAUGUCGUACGUCAUCUGUAUCACUACUCAUUCAAUCAUGACGAUCAGGGGUACGCUGAUGAUGGGGAAAAUUUAUCACAGCUGCAAGACAGCAUGCGCCAACAGCUGAUCAAUGCCAAAAACAGAGAAGCACUUGCUGGAACGCAGGUAAUGAAAGAUGGUGUUCCCUAUAAGGAUGGUUUUCGCUUGGAGGCCCAACAAUCUUUAAUAGAACAAUUAAAAGAGCAGCUAAAAGAUAAAGAAUUGUCCGACUUAAGGCGCCAGGAAUUGGAAAAGGAAUUGGCUAAACAAAUGAAAAUAGCCGAGCAAUUGCGCAAAGAAUUGGCCGAAGCGGAAGCUAAAUAUGAGCGUCAGCUAAAGCAGGAAGAGGAAGAAAAAGCGAAAAAGCUUAAGGAAGAACAACAGAAGCGUGAAAAAGAAGAACAAGCUAAAAAAGAAGCUGAAGAACAGGCACGUAAAUUGCAAGAGGCCGAAAAACAAAGAGAAGCCGAACAGCGUAAACGUGAUGAAGAAGAGCGUGUAAGAAAAGAGGCCGAACAACAAGAGAAAGAGAAACGUGAGCGUGAAGAACAAGCACGCAGAGAAGCCGAAGAACAGGCACUAAAAUUGAUGGAAGCUGAAAGGCAAAGAGAAGCCGAACAACGACAACGAGAGGAAGCUGAAAAUGCACGUAAACUAAUAGAAGCUGAACAGCAAAGAGAGGCAGAAGAAAAUGCUCGACGAAUAGCAGAAGCAGAAAAACAAAAAGAGAUCGAGCAACAGCAAAGAGAAGAAGCAGAAGAAAAUGAACGCAAAUUGCUAGAAGCCGAGCAGCGUAAACACGAUGAAGCUGAGGCAGAAGAAAACGCACGUCGUCUUGUGGAAAUAGAAAGAGCCAAUGAGGAAAAACAAGCCGCCGAAGAAGCCGAAACAGAGGCUAAAAAACUACUCGAAAUCGAACAUCGUUUAGAAGAACAACUGAGAGCAGCCGAACGAGAAGCAGAACUCACGGAAAAAGAACGACAACUUAUAGAGUCUAUUAAACAGCGUGAAUUGCCCCAAGAGGAGGGUAACGAACAAAAAGAAGCUGAACUAUUAAGAAAAAUACUAGAGGCUCGUGAGCAACUAGGCGAAGAGUCCGAGGAGGAACAAAGUCUUCGACUCAUACAGCGUGAACGUGAUCAGGAAGCUAAACAAAAACGCAUAGAAGAAAAUGCCUUAUUAUUUUUGGAGGCUGAAAAAGAAAUGGCCGAACUGCAGGCUAAAAUGUUGGAUGCAGUGGAAAAGAAAGAAUUUACCACUUCCCUAGAUAGUGCACCUCAAACACCGGCUGUAGAGGAGCCUUGCAUAAAAAGAACUGUGUCUCCCUUAAUGGGUGAAGAAACGGUACAUCAUACUGUGAAAACACAAUUAGCUCAGGAUUUGGACGAACCCUAUUCGGUGAGUAGCAAAACUUUGCUAUUUCCCGGUGUAUCAGAUGAUGCCUCCUCCAUAGAUCCUGCCUCUAGUCUGCAAUCCUCGUUUAGCACCCAACCAUCGGAAGAGAUAACCACGGGCACUGAUUCCCAAUAUCCCCAACAGGAACGUCAAGAACCCGAUGGUGAGGAUACCGCUUUAAGUAACCUGCAAUAUUCGGAUGAUUAUUUGCGUUCCCUGGAUGGCAUCAAACAAAGACCUCUAGUGCGCGAAGAUGGUUCCGGACGUCGGCGUGCUUUCAAAAAGAGACGUUCUAGCAACAGUUCAAAUUCCUCACGUGAAUCGAGACACUCACGUGAUGAAGAAUUGAAAAUGUUUACCUCUUUGGAAGAGGAAGAAAUGAAAGACACUGCUGAUUCGGAAUUUACCCCAAUACGUUAUACCAGUGAACCAACUUUGAAAGUCAAGGGACACCAUCGACGCCACAAGCGUAGUCCCGCCAAAGAUAUGCGUCAUGGCGACGACAGCCUACGUAGCUCCCUAGAACGUUUGGGUGAGGAAACCAGUGAUCCCUGGGGUGAAGUGAAACCCGAACAUUAUAAACAUACUGAAUUCUGGAAAAGAGAGAAAACCUUAUCGAUAGACGAAGAAACGGAAUUUGAAAAACCAGCUUCUAGUGAAGAAGUAGCCUAUGAUACAGCGACCAACAUGCCAAGUGCUUCAUCGUUUGAGGAAGCUACUCAAAUGCAGAAUGAAGAGGCUUUAACGGCUUUGCAACGGCACUCUGCUAAUUGGGAAGGAAAGGAGAGCGAAUCGGAUAAGAAACCUACAGCGAAAGAUGAAACAACAAGAAGUGACAAUACAAAUCUACAAACCUUCCAAACAGCGGAGAGAAAAGCUUCACCCGCACGAUCCUCAGCUUCGCCACGCUUACGACGUAGUCCACGUAUAGAAGAAAUCGACCAAUACGAAGAUCGUUGGAAUAAAAACAACGAUAGCACACCUAGCUCCACGCAGAAUACUCCCACCAUAAGUGUACAAACUCCUUUGGAUUUUGGACCCUGGCGUGAUGAAUAUGGCCUAAUGAUGGAAGGUUUAAGUUCAUUUUACGAUUUUCAAGCUUCAGUAAAUCCAUCACGUUCUAGAUCUGCCUCUAGAAAUCCUUCUCCGGCUAAUACCGCACCCAAUACACCUUUACCCAAAGACGUGUCUUUUCAAUUGGAAAUCGCAACGGAGGAAAGCAACACCGUUGAAGUGUAUGAUGACACGGGGAACUUGGAGACAAAUGAGAUUAAAAAAGAAAACAUUAUUAUGUUUAUAGACUCCAUUAAUGGUAAUGAUGAUCAUAGAGAAAAUAAAGAUGAAACUAAAAUUGAAUCAGCUUCAGAAGAUCAUAUCGGUUUAAAAAACCAUUUACAAUUAGUUGCUGAUGAUCAGAGCAGUUCAGAAGCACAAAAAACAAGUUUGGUACCUUUAGUUAAUAUAAUUGAAGAAGUGACGGUUGCCUCUACUAGCUUAGAAGUUACUGAAUCCACUGACACUGAAAUGAAUGACCUGGUAAGCAGUUUGCGACUACAACAGGCUGGUGGUCGAUCACGUUCUCGCUCCAAAUCUCCUUUGCCUACGCCUGGUAACUUGCAACGUAGUUUGGAAAAUCGCCGCUAUAAAAUGAUCAAACACAACGAAGACAUUUUAGAGAAAUUAAUCGAGUCCAAAUUAUUACCCGAACUAAGUCCACCAGAAGAGCUGGAACAACCAUCUAAACUAGAGCAAAGAGAAACAUUAGAAUCUAAGGAAGAAACCGAAACUAACACUCAAGAAGAAAUGAAUUCUUUGGUACAAACUUUGAGAGUAGACAGAGGUAGAUCGCGUUCCAAAAGUCCUAUGCGUUUACCAACCGCAGAAAAUUUGAGCAAAGGUUUGGAAAAGCGUCGCAAUAAGUUAAUAGAACGCAAUGAUGAACUUAUAAAGCAAAUAGAGGAACGAUCUCAAACUCCUGAUUCCCCAACCGUAACAGUGGAGUAUGUUUACGAAUUAGAGGGUUCGGAAGGGACAAAUAUUGCUGCACUCAAUACUCCAACCAUAUCUUUCGAAUCACCACAAAAUGAAGCAAGAGUAUCACCUACAGAAGAGGAGGAUGAUUGUUCAAGAGAAAAAAUGAAUUUAUUAGUCGAAACAUUACGUGCAGCUCGUAGUAGAUCUAGUUCGAGAAGUCCCAUGCGUCUUGCCGAAGGAGAAACAAUUAAUCAAACUUAUUAUCAGUUUCAACACUCGGAAGAAGUAAAUGUUAGACAACAAAUGGACAUUUCAAAUGCUCCCACUAUAUCCAUAGAUUUUGCCGAAACAGACACUGAAACGAAAACAUCACCUAAGUUAGAAGAUGAUUGUUCUCGACAGGAAAUGGAUUUAUUGGUGCAAUCUUUGCGCAUGGCAAGAAGUAGAUCAACAUCCAAAAGUCCCAUGCGUUUGCCUGCCACCGACAAUAAUAAUUUACUUUCACAACAUAUGACCGAGAGAGCGAAAACGCCCGAACCUUCUGCUUUUAAUGAAGUCGAAUCUGAAGAACGUGAUAGACAUUCUAGAUCUCGAACUCCAUCACGUUCUCACUCCAAAUCACAUUCACCUUCAUUGCCACCCAGACCAUAUGAAGCAGAGCUGGCAGCCUUUCGCUCUACAACGCCAUCUAGAUCUGUAUCCCCUCAGCCAGAGGAGUACGAUGAAAUCCACGCACUCUCGUUAAGUACAGAGGAAAAUGAAUUAUUGAUUUUAGCCAAUCGUCAAAAACAAUUGGAUGAAGAGGCUUUAGAGAAAUUAAAAACUGCCUCUGAAGAAAUGGAGUUACGUACCUUGUCUCCAUUGGUCUUAGAUAAUGAUGAGCUUAGUGAACAACAAGGGCAAGAUCUUUUAGCUGAUUUGCCAAUAACCGAAAGAGCCAAACUCUUAAGAAAAUCACCCACUACACCCGACUAUGAUCGUACUAUAUCGGAAGAAAUGCGCGAUAUAGAACGUAUUAAAAAGGAAAGACUGGAAAGAGGAUUUCAACGUUCCACAUAUGUAGGUGAAUCCAUGGAUUUGGGUAGUGAAUUUGAACCAUUACGGAGAGAAGCUGCACAUUUCAAACGUUCUCGUAGUCCUUCACCUUCUUUUUCGGGCAUAGAUAUGGAAUCGGCUAAAAAAGCAGCCGAGGAAAAACGUCAGUUACAGGAUAUAAUAUUGCAUGAAUUAACCACUACUUCUAGCGGUGGCAGCACUGAAACUAAAGAGCCCAAAAAUACAGGAGCCAUACCGAAAACUGAUCGCUUAAGUUCUUGUGAAAUUGAAUUAACACUGACCAAUGAAACCGAGGAUACUAUACGCAUUAAGGAAGAAAUGUUCAACAUUGGUAUGCAAAAUCCUACGGACGAUUUAGAAGAAAUGAGACGUAGAAAUGCUGAAUUUAGAAGAUCAGGCAGUGCAAGUCGCUCGCCUUUAAAUGAAUCUCAAUUACAAGAAUUGGCGGUUAUUGAGGCCGCUGCCGCUAAACGUGAAUUAAAAGAUAAGGUGAUCCAUGAAAUUGCUUGCACUACCAUGAAUUUUCAGGAUUUCUCAAGACAUUUAAAUACAGAUUUCUUUGCUACGGACCGCAGGGCCUCUGAUUCGGCUUUAAUACAAAAACCAGAAAUUUUAGUGCAAUUACAUGAAGAUAUAGACAUGGAACCCGAGGAGUAUCAUCACUUUCGCAGAUUUUCCUUAGCACAAGAACAGCCCGAAGAGACAUAUCCAAGUGAUGAUUAUAUAUUCAUACAAGAAGUGGAGGUGAGAACACGCAGUGGUUCCAGAACUUGGAUAAGAGAAGAUUUUUACAGCGAAGAAGUUGAUAAGUACUUAGGAAAGAGUGAAGAAGCUCAAGGGAGUUCAGCAGAAAGAGAAAAUAUCGAGACCGCAGAAGUUGAGAACAUAGAAGAGGCGGAAGAAAAUGUGGAAGCUAAUGAUGAUGAUGAAGAAUACUCCAAUGCUAGUGAUGAUGAUAGACAAACUGUAGUUGAGGUGGAUGACGAAAUCGAUGAGGAUAUUUCCGAUUUCAAUGAACGUGGUCCGGCUGAGGAGUCUCAUCAUGAAACCUCCGAAUGCGAGGAGGCAGAACGUGAAAUGGAUCGUUAUGCUGGUCGAGAAGCCAGUGAUUGGAAUCGUGUGGUAGAUGUAGAUGAUAUUGUUGUUAAUGAAAAUCCUACUAAUGAACUGGUUACUAGCGAGGAGGAUGAGGGAGCCGUGGGUGGUUUAAGUAAUUCUCCCUAUGAUUCAGAUUCCUUUGCCAUCGAUCAAAUAUAUGAUGAAGCCAUUAAAAAUCGUAAGCAGUCGGGUAUUUUAAGAGAAUACGAUAGUAUACUAAUGCAAAUGUCGGUCAACAGUGAUGUGGAUGAACAGUACUUGUUGUGGUCUAAGACACAUGGUAAAAAGAAACCCAAGAAUAUAGAAUUUAACACACAAUUCCUAGAUAAUGAACACAAAGAAUCAGAAAUGCGUUAUUUGGGCGAUGCCAAUGUUACGGCAAGACAAUCAGCUCGUUUAAGAUCGCGUUAUGGUUAUAAUCCGGUAUUGCAGGCCAAAUGUAUUGAGGAUGAUUUGGAAGUGGAUUUAAAUUAUAAACCUAAAAGGGAAUAUAACUGGCGCAAAAAUUUCAAAUUGGAAGAGGACGAUAUAAAAGAGGAUAAAGAAGUGACUUUAAAGGAUAUAGAUUUUGGAGAAGAACAACUACAUGUUGAAAAUGAACAAACAGAUAAACUAGAACAAAUGGCAAAUCGUGAUGAAGAGCAGGAAGAUGGGAAUAUAGAUAAACGUAAAUAUAGCUUAGGUGGAGAGAGUGUUACCCUAUUUAGUCAAAGUCCGGAAAAAGAACCUCAAAUUACUGAGGAUUUAUAUAAAGAUACUGAAGAACCUGUAAACGACUGUUUCAAAAAGGAAGUAGUUAAAGAGGAAAAGGAGGAGAAACCCAAAAAGAAGAAAACCAAAAAGAAAAUACACAAAAAAGAAUCCAAAGACAGCUUGGAGGAGACAAUGAACAGAGAAGAUGAGGAUGUUUAUGACAAUGAAAUGUAUAAUCGACGCAGCAGUAGCAUACAAAUGGACACAGAUUCACCCAAACGCAAAUCACGUUCGAGACGCAGCUCAAGAAGCAGCAUAACAAAUGAAGAUUCCUUAGGACUCUUUUCGCCACGCAGCAGUGUGGCUUAUAAUGAACCCAUAAACGAUAUAAUGGAAGAAUCUACAGAUGUGGCUAAAGAAUCAUCGAGACCUAAGAAAAUGAAAAAACGCAAGAAGGUUAAGGAGAUCAUGGCCAAUGUGGUAGAAAGUCCCAUAGAGAUGAAAGAAGAAUUACAAUACAGUUUGGAGGCCUUAAACGAUAUACCAGCUGUUUCUACUGUUAUAACUCCCAACUCUUCUAGUGCCAAUAUACUCUCUACACUUAGUCCUCAGAAUAGUAUUUGUGUUACCCCAGGUUCUAUAGAAACAGAUAUAAAUCUUUCAGUGGAGGAGUUAAGUGAGGAUGUUAAAGAAGCUGCUAACAGAUCAAAUACUACUAGUUCCUCAACCACUGCUAGUAGUCCUUCCGGUAAUUUAUCACGAACUUCGUCUAUAGUUACAACACCAGUGGAUACGUUUGAUAUUUUAAAGGAUGCCAACUUCUAUCCGCUGUUUUAGGACAAGAAAAUACAUGUUCAUGAAAUUUAAACAAAAUAUAGAUAAAAACCAAAAAAUUAUUCCCAAGUAGCAAAAUUGCACAAAAUAUAUAAAAAAAUAUUUUGUUUGUACGUUUUAUAUGCUUCCCGACUGUUCGUCCCAUCCUGCCCGCCUAGUGCCACAUCAGCAUCUGCACUUGAGACUGUAUUUCAAAAAUAUAUAAAGCAAAAUCCAACAACUACAAUACAUCAUCACAACACGACACAUGCUAUGAUCGACAACAGCAACAACCAAAAAAAAAAAAGACAAAUUUUUGCUCAAGUGUGGAAGCCAACAAGCUUGACAAGGUUUCAUCUCCUUGAAAGAAACAAAUUUUCUACGCAUACUAGAGUAAAAUAAAUUGAUCUUUUUUCUUCAAAAUGUUUAUGAAUGAAUUUAUGUUUUAUAUUGCAACCGAUUACUUAUAUAGUAGAAUAUAAAAAAAUAAAUGAUCUUGUAAAAAAAAAAACAUAAAAAAUCAAACAAAUUGUAUGUA